ACAGCUGGGGCCUUUUCCAGGACUUCCUGAGGGCCCUUUGCACACCAGUAAGGGGAGAUUCCAAAAUGGAGCGGGGAGUUUGCCGGAAGCCAGCAAGUGACAGUUGAAGAGUAAAGGGUCCCAAGUGAUGGUGGUUUACACAGAGGACGAGCUGAGCCCUGCACAACUGGUUAGCACAGCGGAGCCGGGAGUGGCGCCUGCUGGCUGGUGGGUGUGAACCGCGGGAUCUCAGCGUCUCGACCCAAGAGGAAGCAUGUCUAAGAAGGGCCGGAGCAAGGGCGAGAAGCCCGAGAUGGAGACUGAUGCCGUGCAAAUGGCUAACGAGGAGCUGCGGGCCAAGUUGACUAGCAUUCAGAUCGAGUUCCAGCAGGAGAAGAGCAAGGUGGGCAAACUGCGCGAGCGGCUGCAGGAGGCCAAGCUGGAGCGCGAGCAGGAGCAGCGGCGGCACACGGCGUACAUCUCGGAGCUCCGGGCCAAGCUGCACGAAGAGAAGACCAAGGAGCUGCAGGCGCUGCGCGAGGUGCUCAUCCGGCAGCACGAGCAGGAGGCGGCGCGCACCGCCAAGAUCAAGGAGGGCGAGCUGCAGCGGCUGCAGGCCACGCUGAACGUGCUCCGCGACGGCGCGGCCGACAAGGUCAAGACGGCGCUCCUGGCGGAGGCGCGCGAGGAGGCGCGCAGGGCCUUCGACGGCGAGCGCCUGCGGCUGCAGCAGGAAAUCCUGGAGCUCAAGGCUUCGCGCAAGCAGGCGGAGGAGGCGCUCAGCAACUGCAUGCAGGCCGACAAGACCAAGGCGGCCGACCUGCGCGCCGCCUACCAGGCGCACCAGGACGAGGUGCACCGCAUCAAGCGCGAGAGCGAGCGGGACAUCCGCAGGCUGGUACGUGCUGCCUGCGCCGCCCCCGGCUGGCGUGCGUGCAUGCACCCUCUUCUUCCCGCCCGUGUGCAUCCUGCCCUUCAUGCACCCUUCCCUCCGCGGCUUGCAUGCAUUCUUUCCUUCCUGCUUGUGUGCCGUCGACGCCGAGGGCUGAGGGCGCACGGUGCAUCAGGCACGGUUCCAGGCACGGGCCUUCUAGCAAAACCCCUGCCUUCCUCGUGGUGGUAAAGGGGCUCUGGGCGGUUAGAACUCUGCUCGCUACGCGUCAGAUCCUUGGACCUUCAUGGAACAGCCCAGAAGCACAAGUUUCUGUAAAAUGGGGUUCAUAGGUAAGGGGCAGCGUUGUCGUAGAAAAAUGACCG